CGCGGGCCAGUAUCAAGCGUUGUCAUUGGCUUCUCUGUUAGCCAAUGGAGUGAAGGUUUAUAUGUGUCUUUUCUGGUCUCCAUGUGGAGAACUUGCUAUAGCUGCUAACGGAACAUCAUGCUUCGUCGAGAGGUGAGACUGCGGGCGGGAGUACCUAUACAGGAAGGCACUGGAGGACAGGCUGCGAACAAUUGAAGAGAAGAAACAAAGUUGAAGGCUGCUCUUGAUGAAAAUCGUCUGAUUCCAACCGAGGUGCGCAGAGAGGCCGUGCAGUUACAGAAACUACUGGAGUAUGAUGAUGAAGGAGCAGAGGGUGUCAGCUCUCACAUGGAUGAUGAGUAUAAAUGGGCUGGAGUGGAAGAUCCUAAAGUCAUGGUCACCACAUCCAGGGACCCCAGCUCCCGACUCAAAAUGUUUGCCAAGGAGAUCAAGCUGAUGUUCCCUGGAGCUCAGCGCAUGAACAGGGGGAACCACGAGAUCGUCACACUGGUCCAAGCCUGUAGAGCCAAUAAUGUCACAGACCUCGUCAUCGUGCACGAGACCAGAGGACAGCCAGAUGGACUGGUCGUGUGCCACUUGCCAUUUGGACCCACAGCUUAUUUCACACUUUACAAUGUGGUAAUGAGACAUGAUGUUCCAGAUAUAGGCACCAUGUCUGAGGCCUACCCCCACCUCAUAUUUCACAACUUCACAUCCCGGCUUGGCCAGAGGGUGUCUAACAUCCUCAAGUAUCUGUUUCCAACGCCCAAAGAAGACAGCAGGCGGGUCAUCACAUUUGCCAACCAAGAAGAUUUCAUAUCCUUUAGACAUCACACCUAUAAGAAAGCAGACCACAAGGACAUUGAGCUGACAGAAGUAGGACCCAGGUUUGAAAUGAAAUUGUACAUGAUCAAACUUGGCACUUUGGAGAAUGAGAGCACAGCUGAUGUUGAGUGGUGCCAUCAUGCAUACACACACACUGCAAAGAAAAGGAGAGCCCUUAGCAUUGAAUAACAACCACUGAUGCACAAACAACCCAUUUAUCAAAGGAUCUGACUCAUGUUCAAAUGGUCAUGUCAUUUGAUUCGAGCAAUUAUGACAUUCCUGUUUGGACAAUGUUUUACAAAGUUGCUGUCAUGAAUGGCAAGUGAUGCCAUGGAUCCCCAUUCUUUAACUUCUUUAACAUUCUUUAACAAAUGUUCAGGUCAAGGUCUUCCUGUACACACCCAGUGUAGGAUGGAUCAAUUCUACAAUAUGCUCCUGUAUUAUACAUAUUGCAGUUCAGAUGGUAUGGCAUUUUCUAAUAAAGUCUUUAUGAUUUUGU